AUUAGUACAUGUUCAUAACCAAAAACGAUGCUGUUUAUUCACAAAUAGUAAAAUUUCCAUUGGCAAUACGUAUUUGGAAACAACAGUGGAAACAUUUACAUUUUACCCUCCUUCCUUAAACUGUUACACCCUUAUUUAUAAUUACAAAUAUUUUCAGUAGAAACAAUAAUUUAUGUUGAGUGGUUUGCUAGCUAACUGUUUUUUUAGCCAAUUAAUAAAUGAAAAAGUUCUUGGAUCAAAAUGUUCUGAGACUUGACACUGUUUGUAAAAUAAAACUCAACAAAUAAAAAAUGCUUUAUUGGAAAACAAAUUGUUAAUAAUUACUCUAAAGCAGUUUUACCCCUUCUGGGAAGGGUGCCGGUACCAAACAAAUUGGGGAAAAUGCAUGUUUUGACUCAAAUAGGGAAUUUCUCACAACAUGCCAGGGGAAUAUCUUUUAUUCAGGGAGACCUCAAAAUUAGGCUUAAUAUAACCAUUAAAAUCAUGUUUUAUUAACUUUGGUUUUUCCUUUUUUGAGUUUAGAAAAAAAAUAUGAUUAUUUGUACAUAAAUAAUGGAUAGAUGUGAAGCACUAGAAGUACGAAAUGAGCACAGUACGAAUAUAGCUUGCGUAGUUAUACUUAGUUUUUAUAUCAUAUAUCUGUUGUAAAUAUGGAAACAUCCAUAACUGCUUUUUAUUACAAUAAAAUUUAACCUUCUACAGUACAAUUUGGGGAAAUUAGAAGUCAGAUAUUAGGAAAAAUGGCUGUCUUUUCUUAAGGGAACAUGCCUUUUUCUGGUAUUAAGUUAUAUUAGAGGGGAAAAAAUGAAAUAUAUCCAAUCUUGGGUCAAUAGUUGCACUCUUUUUAAAUAUAGAAAUUAAUUACCCUAAUCUAGAAAUUACACAUGUUUAGGUUUCUUGUUUUUUGUCACUAUUUGCAUGUUCUCUUGAUGUCAUGGUUGAUAUUCUAGCUCAGUUGGCCAUAGAUAUGAUUACUUUUGUAUAUUCUUAAUGUGUUACUCUGAACUAAGAUAUUAACAUAAAUGAAUUAAUUUUCAAAACUUGAAUCUUUUCAGAUAAAGCUGAAUUUCCUCAUGGUCGGCCAUACUCAUGAAGACAUCGAUGCUGUCUUCAGCAGAAUAGGGAAACAGCUGAGGCAGACAAAUGCACCAACACUUGGAAAAUUGCACCAAGCAAUUAGCAUAUGUAUGGAACCUGCUCCAAUUGUAAAUCACUUCUCCAGUGUUUUGGAUUAUAGGUCAAAAUGCCUGGAAAGUGAUACACGUUAUUCAGGUUUCCAAGGUGUCCACCAUUUCACCUUUAAAAUGGACCAAGACCGACUUCAGAUGAAGUACAAAGACUGGCCAUCUGAUGAGUAUUCAAAAUUGGAUAUGACAGAUUGUGUUGGAAAGUUAGAUUUCAGGUUUGUACCAAAUGCCUCCUUAAAUGAAAAGGUUUUAAAUGUGAAAGAAUGUUUAUCAAAAGAUCUAGAGAAAUAUGGACAGGCUGGAAGAAUGGAGGUUGACGACCAGGAGUGGUGGGCUGCAUACCUGAAUGGGAUUGAAAGAGCUUGCAGGAUGCCGCCAAUCACUCCUGGAAUAUGUCAGCUUCCAAAAUUUAAGGAGGCAAAUGGUACAAGAAUAGUAUCAAACACUCUAACUGCUUUAAGAGAUCAUCAAAAAAAUCAGCCAGAAAUCUGUAAUUAAAACAUCUAAGAAAAAGUAGAUCAAAUGUGAAAACUUCCCCCAAAACAUAAUUACAUGUAUACAGAAGCAGGUGUCCAUAUCUAACAUUAUGCUGUUGUUAUAUAGUUGAAAUAUUUCACAGCACUCGUGACAAAAAUAGAAUGGUCUAAAAAAAGUCCUGUAAUGGGCUUUAUAAACAAGACACUGAAAAGAACAUGUUUUAAACUCAGAAAUAAUUUAAACAGGUAUGCAAGUAAAUGACAAUUACUUAUUUUAUGCCGUCAUGCGUAAAUUUUGCUUCUUCAGAAAAUGAAAGUCGAUGUCACCGUAAAUCAUUAAUGUAACAAAAUUAGAGAAAUCUUACAGAACUAUAUUUCAAAAUUGAUGACAUGACGUCAUGAUGUGAUGACGGUAAAAAGGAGAAUGCACAGUGUUACACGGUACAAUCAGUAAAAAAUAAUUAAAAUCAUAAAGCAUGAAAUAAAAAAGAAAUUUUAUUUGUAUUGCAUAUAAGAUUGAAAUAUAUUUCAUUCAUGAACACAAGAUAUUCUAUUUUCACUCGUGUCUAUGCCACUCGCGAAAAUAUUGCAUCUGGUGUUCACUCUGAAAUAUAUUUCAAUCUUACAUGCAAAACAAACAAAUAUCCUAUUUGUAAUUAUCCAUGAAAUGUUGAGGAUAUAUUAUAUAUUGUUUAUAUGCUUUGCACUGAAUCAAUGAAGUCUCAAAGAUAUUAAUUUAUUGAUAUUGUCAAUAUGAUUGAAAUUAAUUUUGAUUUGUACAAUGUUGUAAAUAUUUAGAUAUUUAAGAUUCAAGAUUGAAGUUGAAUUAUAUAUGUUAGUCCUGUAUUGAUGAUACACUAGUAUGUGAUUAUGUUAUGUAAAACAGAUUUCCAUUGGUUUAAACUUCACUGAUGGCAACUUCUCAUAAUUAUUUGUUUGCAUACUUUUCUUCAGAUUUUGAUAAUUAUUGUUGUAAUUUUGCAAUGCCACAAUAAUGUUUGAUGUAUAUCUUGCUGAUUUCUGGCAGCGCCCUCUUGCUAUUUCAUCAAAAUUGAAACAUACAUUAACCAUCAUAUUCUUUUUCAAAUAUGCUUUUCUUACUCUUGAUUUUAAAUAUUUAAAGACUCUGGUCCUUUCUCACAAUGUUUACUGGCAUACGAGCAGUACCCGUACAAAAAUCGUAGUUACUUAAAAAUAGUUUUUUAUUACGCUCACUCAUCUAAAAAAAUGAUUGUUACACAUCAAUAUUCGGCUCGUUACACAAAUUAUGGAAAUUCCUUUAUGUUCUAACAUAGAAUCAGCCUUAGUUAUGUGGCCUGAAAUUAUCCAUUAUUUUGUAUGAAGAGAAGUAGUUCCCGUAUAUAAAAUAUAACCAAUUAUAAUUAUACAAUGUUGUAAUAUUAGACCUAUUUUACAUUCUUAAUUGUUAAAAUGACCAUUUUUCCCAGUGAUGAAUACAUGUUAUUCAGGAAAAAGUUUGUAAAGUAAACACUGGUAUCAAUUACCGGGUACCGUUACUCCAAAGCAUUCGCAUACAAUGGCGUGCUUGCAUGCAUAAUAAUUUAUCCCAUUUAAGCCAUAGAAUUAUUUCAUUUGUAAUAUAGGUGAAAAUUGAGUAACUUAAUAGAUUUUCAUCGCAUUGCCCACUUAUCUGCAUACUGGUGGUAUAAGAGGAAAACCCUUUAAUAGGCCUCAUACGUAAAUAUUUUUGCCCAAUGUUUACAAGGUUAUGUUUUGACAACGCACAGGUGAAAAAGAUUUCAAAUAAAGAUUUUUGUACGUAUUGCCGAACUGACACUUAGAUUUUGUCUCUUUCAUACAUCUUCUUGAUUUGAUAUUUAUUAAUGCAAGUAAAAAUCAAGCGUUUAAAAGAAAAAUACGGGAACUGCUUCUGUACGGGAACUGCUCGCAUGCCAGUACCGUUAGAUAAUGAUGAAUUUAAGAUUUUUUGGGAAUUUUUAUCUAGAUAUAGGCAAAUUUAAACUGUUCAAACGAAUUUCUAGUAUGCCUCAGAAAUGCCUUUAUUUUUAUUUCUGAAAAACUUCAAAUUUUUGUUAAUUUGAUACAAUUUCAACAAAAAUACACAAUAACAACAUAGAUAACUUUUUGUUUGCAAUUUGUAUAUAACAACUUUAAAAACUCACUAAUUUAAACUGAAAACUCGGGGAAUCCUCUACAAACCAAUUUCUUUGUACAAAAAAGCUUUUGUAAAUUCCGGAAUGAUUCCAGCAGAAUUUUUAUCAUUUUUUGGCCGAUUGCACAGGUGCAAACCUGAGUUAUAGUAUGGUGAAUGGCGGGUGGGCGGGGAAAAUAUUUUCAUAACAGUUUUCUCAGCAACUACCUAUCACAGCCUCUUGAUAUUAAUAAUAAUGGCAUACAGAUUUGACACAUGGUCUCAUACCAUGGGAUUCGAUUUCAGGUGUGUAGCUCAUCCACUUGGUGCUUAUCCACUUAGUUAAAUUUUCAACAUUAAUGGUCAACGGUAAAUUUUUUAUCGUAAUAUCACAGCCUCAUGAUUUGGUCUUUGACCAAUUUUUAAUGUAAAUAUACAUCUGUAAACUGCAAAAUUCAAGUUGAGUGUCAUCUAAAGAUCUUGUAAAUUGUCAAAUUGAAUCUUAAUUGAAAAUUUUGCACCUUUCCAACACUUUUUGAUGGACGAAGGUGAACCUAUUAUUAAGUUUGCAACAUGUGAAAAUCAUAAUUAUUAGGAUACGUUUGAUUUAUUCUUUUAGUAUAGCGGUUCCAAAAAAAUCAGAGCUCCAGAUAAGCAUUGUUUUACCGUUACAAAGAAAUGAUCUUAACCAUAAACAAAUUGAAUUUAAAAUGUUGCUGUUUAAAACAAAAUGAUUUUUAAUCUCGAUCGUUUCAAAACGGGAUAAAAUCGCUGAAAACGAAAGACAGUUUUCCGAUCAUUUUAUUUAUUGUGGCAUAUUUUGUCAUGGCUAUAACAUGCCACACCACUGAUAUAGCAUAGUUUUGACAUUUCUUAAAAGUGACAUCCCUUCCUGAAAAAAAGAAAAAUGUUGAAACAAGUGAAAAAAAUAACUGACCGGAUAUAUAUUGUUUUUGGUCAAAAGACUGGAGUGAUUAUCUUUAGCUUAACUGCUACUUAUAUUUCAUACAUAAGUAAAAUGUAGUUUGCUAGAAAUGAUUGUAUUUUGGAUUCACUUUGUUAACACAUUUUUAUAAUGCUUAAAUCAUUCAGUUAUGUCAUUUCCAUCAUUAAUGUCUUACGUGCACUGAACUGGUACUUAAUGUGCAGGACCACAUGUGAUUGUUAGUAAAAUGUAGUUUUCUAGAAAUGAUUGUACUUUGGUUUCAAUUUUUUCAAUGCUUAAAGGGACUCCACUGAGGUUUAAAAGCCGAAAAACAUAACAUUUGAAUUUCUUACAUAAAUGACCUGUGGUACUUUAAACAGAAAUAUAUGCAAAGAUAGUUAAGAAAUAUACUUUGAAAUAAAUUGAAAAUCUUAUUUUUAUGCUUUUCUAAGUCCAAUAUGAGUGAAAGGCGUUAAAAAAACUUUUCAUUUUGAGUCAUUUUUUCACAAUUUGAAUAAUUGUUCUUGAAAAAUAAAGUGCGCGGAUGAUCUGAAAUUCUGCACAAAGAUUAGUGGUCUAAACCUACAUCAAAUGGUACAUUUAUCUGGAAAUUUUUUUUUCAGUCCCAUCAUGUCAAAAAACCUCAGUGGAGUCCCUUUAAAUCAUUCAGUAAAUAAGAUGUCAUUUCCAUCAUUAAUGUCUUACUGCACUGAAGUGGUAUUUAAUGUGAAGGACCACAUGUGAUUGUGACUCCUGCAUUAUAAUUAUAUGGACAAGAUGAAAUUCCUUACUUCACACUUUCCCAGAAAAAUAAACAUGCUGUAGAUAGAUCCAUAAUUACUUUCUUGCCUAUUUUUGAAUUGGAUAAAGCUUGCCAAUGCUUUUAUAAGACA